CGUGUUUGGCAGUCGUGCCAUGGUUUGCCAGGGCCGUGAACUUGGCCGCGAUGAUGUCUUGAAGUGGGUCACCGUCGUGGAAGCCGUUCGAAAGUCUACCGGCAGCCGGGCGCUGGCUUUGCUGUACUUGCUUGUUGUUAUCGCUAAUGCAAACGUUGACGCUGCCAUCGCCGUUCUCAACGAUGGCGCAUGUAGAUAAAUGUACAGAAAGUAAAUAUUUCCUGGAUGCAUUGAAUUUAUUUUUUGAAGUGCAAUGGCUUUACAAUAUUCCAGUUACGGAUUUGUUAACUAAGGGAUUACUUGAUUCAAUUCCAAAAGAAUGGACAGACGCCUUAGCAAGUUUGCAAAUGCAAGAAUUAAAUCACUUCGUCGUGAAAAGAAAAACAAAUCCACAAUGGCCAGAUGGAUUAAAAGCUUUCGUCGAAAAAUGCAGAUACAUUGAUCGAUUGCCAACUUUAAAUGCUACUUUGUUCACAAAAUUGCCAAAAAAAUUUCAAAUAGGACUCAACGAUAAAAAACAACAUGAAAUCAUACAUAUGGCACAUUUAGUGCACAUGCAAUGUGCACCACUUAAAAUUAAAAUUAUUGUCGAUUUUGGUGCUGGUUUGGGCUAUGUUUGUCAACUAUUAUAUCAUCUGUAUGGUUACCAAGUUCUUGGUUUAGAAAGAAGUCAGGAAAAUGUGAAUAAUGCUAAAAAUAGACAAGCAAAAAUGUAUCCUGACUCGUUGGAACAUGUUAAAUACAGAUGUUGCGAUUUGACAUACAAUUCCGUUGAAGUAAUUGAAACGAUCUUACGUAAUGAAUUUAAAGAAAACUCGGAUGUUUGCUUAAUUGGAUUGCAUGCUUGUGGAGAUCUUAGUAUAAAUGCAUCAAAAAUAUUUUUUAAUAUGAAAGCCGCUCGACUUUUUAUUAUGAUUUCUUGCUGUUACCAUAAACUUUCAAUGUCAAAAGACACAGAUGAAAAUGAAUCAACCAGAAAGCAAUAUUUUAAUAAUUUUCCCUUAUCUACGUGCUUUAAGAGCGUAAUUCAUGACAAUAAUUUUGAUGUCGGUUGUUUCUUAAGACAACCGUUCUUACGAUUGGCAUGUCAAGAAUCCGCAGAACGGUGGAAUAAUAUGUCCACUGAAAAUCAUGAUAAACAUUCCUUCUAUGUCCUUGCAAGAGCAGUUCUUCAAUUAUAUGCGACUCAAAAUGACUAUACUCUUAAAAAAUGUGCCCGAAAAGGAACAAGGAAGUCACAGUGUUUAAACUUUGAAACUUAUAUCAAGGAUUCAUUAAAUAGAUACAUUUUCCAAUCACAAAAAGAAACAAAUAUCAAAGAGCAAGGUGUACAAUUCAGUACGGAAAUGCACAUAACGCGUAUGAUGGAAUUAUGGAAUAUUUACUGUGACAAACUGAAGAUUGUAGAAAUUUAUACCGCCCUUCAAUCAGUGUUACAAGCAUCGGCAGAGUCCCUUCUUCUUCAAGACAGAUUAUGUUGGAUACAAGAACACGGCUUAGAAGCAACAAUUAUUCCGGUUACAAACAAACAAUUGUCUCCUCGAUCGUAUGCAAUUGUAUCUAGUAAAAAAUGAAAAGAUAUUGUAAAGUAAUAC